AAUCGUACACGAAUAAAAAUCAGCUGUUGAAUCAAAUAUGGCUGCUACUGUAAGAAACGGUUUGUCGGCAUUCUCAAAUUUCCUUUCAAAGAACACUUUACCAACAUGUAAUUUUCAGCAAGUACGUGAUCUUUGGAUUGGUCGGUGGAUGACCCGUGAUGUUAAACGUAGAAGAUUAGCGAGAGAUUAUGCACCUGAAAGAUUGCGAUUGGUGGCAAUGAAAAAAAAUAAUAUCUUACCACCUGAAAUAAAGGAACUUGUUGGCAAACAAAUAGAUGAGACAAUUCCCCGCCAAACUGCAUUAUGCCAAUUAACAUCACGUUGUGCAGUAACUUCACGUCCACGUGGUGUUGUUAAGAAAUGGAGAUUGUCAAGAAUUGUGUUCCGUCAUUUAGCUGAUUAUAAUAAGUUGGCUGGUGUACAGCGCGCAAUAUGGUAAAAUGUUUGAUAACUUUUCAAAACAACUGGACAUUGUGCAUGUAAUAAACCAAAAUUUUAAAUAAAUAGUCAAGAUCAAAAAUA